GCCCGGCUCCGCGCCCUGUGGUGAGUGGGGCGCGGGGCCGUGGGGUCUGAGUCUGGGGGCGGCUCCGGGGCGGAGCGGACGUCGCGCGUCCCACCGAUGAGCCUCUGGGUCCCCUCCCGCCCCGAGCAGCGCAGGCUCCCGGCUGCAGAGGCUCCCAGCCUCCCUCCCGUCCUCCUUGCCGCCGCCGUCUCCCCCGGGCAGUGCCGCCGCGGCCUUCCGAUCCCCUGUACCCAGACCGGUCCCCAGACUGGACCCCGAGUGGUUUUCGGCAAAUUCACAUGCGCUGAGCCCUCUGCAUGUCCCACUGUCUUGAGGGUCUCUGUGUCCAUUUGUGGCGACCGGUCGGGAGAAGCAGCGGCAGCAUCAGAAAGCUGAGCUGAGCUGUUGCAGCUCGUGCUCCUCAGAGUUGUGCUCGGUGGGGCUGCUGUUGGUAUUUUUGGUGGGAGGGUUCUGUGGAUGUUCGGCUCCCCGGCCUCUUGCCCACGGAGAUUCUAGACACCUCUGCAGUCACCGUGACUGCCCAGACUCCCCUAGGCAUUUCCAGGCACCCGGGGCGGGGGCUGCCUGCAGGCGAGAGCCACAGAUCUUGCAGGAAUUGUUCCCCAAAGUGACGUGGAACAGCAGGCUCCUUGUAUUAAGGACGUCUCUGCUUUUAUUUCUACCACAAAUGUAAAGUUUCAUGAAGACAGAUUUGGGGGGGGGUGUCGUUGUUUGAUUGGUUUUUUUUCUUCUCUUUUUAGGGCUGCACCCAUGGCAUAUAGAAUUUCCCAGGCUAGGGGUGGAAUCGGAGCUGUAGCUGCGGGCUUACACCACAGCCACAGCAAACGUGGGAUCCCUAACCCAUGGAGGGAAGCCAGGGAUUGAACCUGCGUCCUCAUGGAUACCAGUUGGGUUUGUUACCGCUGAGCCACAGUGGAACUCCAAGACGGUUUUUAAAUAAACAUUUGCUGAAAUGAUCUUUCUUUAGAAGAGCCCUGUCCACCCACUUGUGUCUGGAGGAGAGGUGUUUUCUUUUGGUGGCCCCUGCAGUGUUCUUGCCAUCUGGUGUGACCAGUGAUCCUGGUCCAGCCGUUCAGGCCAGGCCGCGGUCCUGGGAAACCUCGUGGGAAUGUGGGAAGCCUGGCUGUCGGCUGUUUUGCCGGUGGUUUGCAGCGCCUGGUCCAGCGUCCUCUGUGAUUAACUGCAAGUCACAGGUAGUUUGGGGUGCUGGCAGGGAGUCCUGUACAGUUUGGGAUUUCUCAGGUAGCAGUGGCCGUUUCCAGGUGGUUGGCCGUGUGCAGCGAUAGCAACGUUUGUUUCUGCUUUUCUAGUAAGAGCGGUGCUGUGUUUCCUCUCCACGGCGGCUCUCUGGGUGGGAUCUUCGUCUUUGCAGAGGAAGCGUGCAGAGGACAGACUCCUUGUCCAGAGCCCUAGAGCCUGGAAGAGACAAGUCCCCGUUCGGGCCGGCUGGGAGCCCUCAGCCCAGGCCCUGCCCCAUGACGAGUCACUGUGAGCACCUCCUGGUGUAAAAAGCACGUGUGCUGGGAACUGAUGCACCCACCUAGUGUCUGCUUUCGUGUUUGGAGAUACUUCUGUCCGGUGGUUGACGUUUGCAUGCCGUGACGGCCUUGGUCUCCCGUUGCUCAGGGUUAGAGUCUGCCUUUCUCAGUGAAGCGUUGCAAUUUAAUACUCGUGUUGUGGUCGUGCGUGUUAAGUGUCUCCCGCCUGAUUUAACUCUUGGCUUCUCUUCACUGGAACUGUUGGCACCUUAAUGGGUCGUAGAGCCUUUGAUAAUCCGUUGAAAGACCCUCUCCUAGAAAAUUCACAGACAGACAUGAUUUUGCCUGUAAUUUCCAAGGGUUCUUUUGUUUUUCAUGCAUCCUGAACUGUGAGACCUGCAAAGGAACAGUUUAUGUGGGGGUUCCUGUCGUGGCGCAGCAGAAACGAAUCUGACUAGGAUCCAUGAGGUUGUGGUUCCAUCCCUGGCCUCGCUCAGUGAGUUAAGGAUCCAGCGUUGCCCUGAGCUGUGGUGUAGGUCGCAGACAACAGCUCGGAUCUUGUGUUGCUGUGGCUGAGGUGUAGGUCAGAGGCUACAGCUCCUAUUCGACCCCUAGCCUGGGAACUUCCAUAUGCGGCCGUAAAAGAUGGAAGUGUUUAUGUGAAGUUUGCUCAUGUUUGUUUUUUGAAUCUGUGGCUAAUUGCCUGUGACUGUCUGUCUUACUGUUAAUGAGAAUGGCUAACCGGGCUGCUCGUGGGUGGGAGAGCAGAAGCCAAAGGGGAGCCCACCAGCCCGGGGCCUGGGAGAUGCAGCAAGUCUUAGCAAAGCCGCAGCCUGGCGUGCAGAGAGAGCAUGAAACCGGAGAUGACACGGGGACUGCAGGACUGUCCGCACAGCCAGGAGGAGAAAGCACUGCAGCCAAGAGCGCCGCUCCCGCUGGCCCAGGGCCGCGCGGGGUUGGAGUUACCCCGGAGAAAGGAGGCUCAGGCCCCCGAGGCCACGUCCGCUCUGUCCGCACGAGGCAGCUCCCCAGCUGAGGAGUGAGCCUUGAAACUGGCCGGAGCAGGAGGAUGUGCUGUGAUGUUUUCUGAGGAGCCGAAGCCAUGAGCGAAUUUCGGAUUCACCACGACGUCAACGAGCUGCUCAGCCUGCUCCGGGUCCACGGAGGGGAUGGGGCUGAGGUCUACAUUGACCUGCUGCAGAAGAACAGGACCCCGUAUGUCACCACCACCGUGUCUGCCCACAGUGCCAAGGUUAAAAUAGCAGAAUUUUCUCGCACUCCUGAGGACUUUCUGAAGAAAUACGAUGAACUGAAGUCUAAGAACACAAGGAACCUCGACCCCCUGGUGUACCUGCUGUCGAAGCUCAUGGAGGACAGGGAGACGCUGCAGUACUUACAGCAGAAUGCCAAGGAGAGAGCGGAGCUCGCGGCCAGUGCUGCGGCCAGCAGCACCGCCAGCUUCGGCGCCUCCGCCACGGCCUCCAAGAUCUCCAUGCAGGAGCUGGAGGAGCUGAGGAAGCAACUGGGCAGCGUGGCCACGGGCCCCACGUGGCAGCAGUCCCUGGAGCUCACCAGGAAGAUGCUUCGAGACAAGCAGAGCAAAAAAAACUCGGGCCAGCGUCUCCCGGUCCUCCCGGCGUGGGUGUACGAGAGGCCCGCGCUGCUCGGGGACUUCCUGCCCGGGACGGGCGGGAGCGCGGACACAGCUGUUCCCAUAGGCUCGCUGCCCCUGGCCUCCCAGGAGGCGGCCGUGGUGGAGGACCUGCUGUACGUGCUGGUGGGCGUGGACGGCAGGUACAUCAGCGCCCAGCCCCUCACGGGCAGGCAGGGCCGCACCUUCCUGGUGGACCCCAACCUGGACCUGUCCAUCCGCGAGCUGGUGAGCAGGAUCCUGCCGGUGGCCGCCAGCUACUCCACCGUGACCAGGUUCAUCGAGGAGAAGUCCUCCUUCGAGUACGGGCAGGUGAACCACGCCUUGGCGGCUGCCAUGAGGACACUGGUGAAGGAGUACCUGGUCCUGGUCACGCAGCUGGAGCAGCUGCAGAGGCAGGGCCUCCUGUCGCUGCAGAAGCUCUGGUUCUACAUCCAGCCUGCCAUGCGCUCCCUGGACAUCCUGGCCUCCCUGGCCACCUCGGUGGAUAAAGGCGAGUGUAUCGGCGGGGCGACCCUGAGCCUCCUGCACGACCGCAGCUUCAGCUACACGGGCGACAGCCAGGCACAGGAGCUGUGUCUGCACCUCACCAAGGCCGCCAGCACGCCCUACUUCGAGAUCCUGGAGAAGUGGAUCUACAGGGGCAUCAUCGACGACCCGUACAGCGAGUUCAUGGUGGAGGAGCACGAGCUGCGCAAGGAGAAGAUCCAGGAGGACUACAACGACAAGUACUGGGACCAGCGCUACACCGUGGUGCAGCGGCAGAUCCCGUCCUUCCUGCAGAAGAUGGCCGGCAAGGUGCUCAGCACAGGGAAGUAUCUAAACGUGGUCAGAGAAUGUGGUCACGAUGUCACCUGCCCAGUGGCCAAAGAAGUCGUCUACACACUGAAGGAGCGGGCCUACGUGGAGCAGAUCGAGAAGGCCUUCAGCUACGCCAGCAAGGUGCUGCUGGACUUCCUGAUGGGGGAGAAGGAGCUGCUGGCCCACUUGAGGUCCAUCAAGCGCUACUUCCUGAUGGACCAGGGCGACUUCUUCGUGCACUUCAUGGACCUGACGGAGGAGGAGUUGAAGAAGCCGGUGGACGACAUCACACCCACCCGCCUGGAGGCGCUGCUGGAGCUGGCCCUGCGCAUGAGCACGGCCAACACCGACCCCUUCAAGGAUGACCUCAAGAUCGACUUGAUGCCCCAUGACCUCAUCACCCAGCUUCUGCGGGUCCUGGCCAUCGAGACCCAGCAAGAGAAGGCCAUGGUGCAUGCUGACCCCACCGAGCUCACGCUCAGCGGCCUGGAGGCCUUCUCCUUCGACUACGUGGUCACGUGGCCCCUGUCUCUGAUCAUUAACAGGAAAGCCCUGACCCGCUACCAGAUGCUCUUCAGACACAUGUUCUACUGCAAGCACGUGGAGCGGCAGCUCUGCAGCGUCUGGAUCAGCAACAAGGCCGCCAAGCGGUUCUCCCUGCACUCGGCCAAGUGGUUCGCUGGUGCCUUCACCUUGCGGCAGCGCAUGCUCAACUUCGUCCAGAACAUCCAGUCCUACAUGAUGUUCGAAGUGAUGGAGCCGACCUGGCACGUCCUGGAGCAGAACCUGAGAUCCGCCUCCAACAUCGACGACGUGCUGGGGCACCACGCGAGCUUCCUGGACAACUGCCUCAAGGACUGCAUGCUCACCAACCCCGAGCUGCUGCGCGUCUUCUCCAAGCUCAUGUCCGUGUGCGUCAUGUUCACCAACUGCCUGCAGAGAUUCACGCAGAGCAUGAAGCUGGACAGCGAGCUGGGCCACCCGGCUCUGGAGCCUGGCGCGAUGCUGGGGCCGCCCACGGAGGCCGAGCGGGCUGAGGAGCGGGCCCGGAAGGAGCUCGCCCGGAAGUGCCUGGCCGAGCACGUGGACGCUCCGCAGCUGGCCUCCAGCUUUGAGGCCACCAUCACCAAGUUCGAUAAGAACUUCUCAGCGCACCUGCUCGACCUCCUGGCCCGGCUGAGCAUCUACAGCACCAGCGACUGCGAGCACGGCAUGGCCAGCGUCAUCUCCAGGCUUGACUUUAACGGCUUCUACACCGAGCGGCUAGAGCGCUUGUCCGCAGAGAGGAGCCAGAAGGCAGCCCCCCCAGUGCCCGGGCCUCGGGGGCCCCCAGCUCUAGUGCCCAGGGUCGCCGUCACCGCACAGUGAAGCUGCAGGUGGAUGAGUUCAGAGGUCUUUCAUCAGGAGUUCCUGGAACUCGUGUGCGUGUGUUCUUGUUUAAGCAUAAAGUCUAGAAGCAUCUGCA